AUGUCAGGAUCAGCCCCAGAGGAGCCUCAGAUCUCCAUUCCUCAGAGCACAGCUAGUGUUCCUGAUCCUGCUCCCGUUGCUGUCGGACCUGGAGGGCCAAGUGACAUUUCCUUUGGUGAGCAAAAUCUUAGCUUCACCACCACAGACGUCAGCCUGGUGGAGAUGAUGGAAAUUGAGUAUAUGCAGCUGCAGCACAUACUUUACUCACAUACGGAGAUACAAGCUAGCGAAGGUGAAGUGGAAGCUAGGCUCACUUCUUUCUCCCCGCCUGGUAAUUCUGCAGCCACCCCUCUGAAUACCAGUCAGGAGGGCUGUCCCUCAAGCAGCUCUGGGAGCCAGCCGGUUUGCCCAGUUACAUGUCAGUCAGGAUUACCUUCUGACAGCCAUUUGCUCGGUUCAAACACACAUUUGGGCUGUGCUGACUUUCAGGAUCUCAGAAUGUUGUUGCUUAGCGAGCCUAACAUCCCUUUGAACCAGCCAGAUAAAAUGCCUAACAGUAGCUCUGUAGAAGUCCCAGGACACAGUUUAGUGAAAGUUAAACAUGAUGAAAAUUUUGUUGGGGCGAAUAAAGGAAACAUACUUGUUGAAAAUUCGGCACUGGCACCAGAGCCUAGAUCUAAAUCUGCAGUCAGAGUUCGGUUGGAAGACAGAUUCAGCAGCAUCCAGACAGAAAACCCCAGAUGUCAAGAACCCCAAGAAUCUGGAGUAACUCUUAACAAUUUAGUGACACUGGUUCGACAGCCGUCAGAACCGAUUGGUGUUCCUCUUCAUCAGCAAGACAACAAGUGUGCCGCAUUUGGGAAAAGUAAGACGGCACCUGCCACCCCUUCUUUACAGUUCACAUACCCGUUAUUUACUAUGAACACGUGCUCUUCUGCUGGGAGUGCUAAUCCUUCACAAGCACAGACCUCUGGAGCACCUUGCACUAUUUUGGACGCUGCCAAACAUCAAGACCUUGGGUUACCCAAGACAUUGUCUUUCUGCUAUCAGGAAGUUGAAUCCACAAAACAGGAAGUAGGUGCCAUGAAUAAACCUUUGCCUGAGGAAGUUUGGCUUAAAGGCGGAGACACUUUAUGCAAGCACUCGAUGAAUAGAAGAAGUUGCAGCCGAAUGAGCCCAAACAUAGACCGGAAACCUCUUACUGAAAUUCAGAACAUGCAUGACGUUGGCCAGGGCUCUGCAUCUGCCACGUGCUCUUGGCAGCCAGCGCUGUCCAGUUCCAGUCUGCAGGUGCACAGUGGUGCCCAGGAUGGGACCGCUCAGCGAAGGGAAAGACAUAACCGCAUGGAGCGAGACAGAAGGCGCAGAAUCCGGAUUUGUUGUGAUGAGCUGAAUCUCCUGGUCCCGUUCUGUACCGUUGAUACUGAUAAGGCAACAACUUUACAAUGGACAACGGCGUUUCUGAAGUACAUUCGGGAAAGGCACGGUGAUUCUCUGAAACAGGAAUUUGAGACUGUGUUCUGUGCUAAAACAGGCAGGAGACUAAAAAUAGCAAGAUCAGACUCGUUUGUAACAUGUCCAAUGCAGGAAAACACACGUGUCUACGGAGACCAAGUAGUCUGA